UCCUGUUCUGGUUCGUCGUAGUACAGCGAGUCUUUCUCGGGUAUUUAUUGCUGCUGUUUCGUUGUUGCUGAGAUCCCGAGUGAGUCGUUUCUGAACAAGGCCACCACAGACUCACCUCUGCGUCGCCCAUCAUGGCGCGCUUCAACCUCCCCGGGCGGCUGCAGGCCAUCACCAAGCCCAAGUUCCUCCGGGGCAUUCCAACGAACAGCCUCGUCAUGAUCAUGCUCCUCAUUGCCGUCAACGCUCUGGUCUGGUCUGUCGCCGCCGUGGUCCUUCGCUUCCACCCCGCUCUCAUCUCGCCCGCCGCCUUGUCGUACGUUCUCGGCAUGCGCCAUGCCCUUGACGCGGAUCACAUCUCCGCCAUCGACCUGAUGACACGGCGGCUCAUUGCCUCUGGACAGAGACCCGCUACCGUGGGCACCUUUUUCUCCCUCGGGCACAGCACCAUUGUCAUUAUUACCUGCAUUGUCGUCGCGGCCACCAGCGGUGCGCUCAGAGACCGAUUCGACAAUUUCAGUCAUAUUGGAAAUAUCAUAGGAACCAGUGUCAGCGCCGCAUUUCUAAUAAUUCUAUGCCUGGGCAACGGCUGGGUUCUGUACAAGCUUGUUCAGCGCCUAAAAGUGGUUCUAGCAGAGCGCCAACGUCAGCAGGAAACGGGCGAGGAUGCUGAUGUGCAGGAUCAAUUCGCCCUUGAGGGUGCAGGGUUUCUGUCGCGAGUCUUCAAGAGACUAUUCCGGAUCAUCGACCGGCCGUGGAAGAUGUAUCCCCUUGGCGUCGUUUUUGGACUUGGAUUUGAUACAAGCUCCGAAAUUGCUAUUCUCGGAAUUGCCAGUAUCCAGGCUGUACAGGGCACAAGCAUUUGGCUGAUCUUGAUCUUCCCAAUUUUGUUCACAGCUGGAAUGUGUCUUCUCGACACCACUGAUGGCGCCUUGAUGAUGGCCUUGUACACAUCCAAAGUCUUUUCUCGAGAUACGGUGGCCAUCCUCUACUAUUCCAUUGUGUUAACGGGAAUCACCGUCUUCGUGUCCGCCUUUAUUGGCAUCAUCCAAGUUUUGUCGCUCAUUCAAAACGUGGCAGAUCCCGAAGGCAGCUUUUGGGACGGCGUUUCGGCGAUCGGCGACCAUUUUGACAUCAUCGGUGGCAGCAUUUGCGGCGUUUUCGUUGUGGUUGGCCUGGGAUCUGUUAUCAUCUAUAAGCCGUGGAGAAGACGCGUCGAGAGAAGAAAUCGAGCGUUGGCAUCAGCGGCUGAUGAAGGUCUUGAAGAUGACUUGGGCCCUGCCUCUCCACCUCCCUCGGACGAAACUCCUCGAAGGAUCGAUACAUGAGGUUGGGACAAUUGGCUUUGUUGAUUUCUACCAAGUUGAGCCUCGAGUACCCAAUACUGUAGUCCUCGCCCGCCCAUUUCACUUCACAACUUGGCCAGAACUACUUCCUCUAGGCUACCCUAGGUGCCUACCAGUUUGUUUCAAACUGCUUCAACAUGUGACAGAAGUUUUCUCGUUUGCAGUGGCCGCACUGUCUUCUCCGGAGCGGCUCUCCAGCCUUCCGCACAAACGGAGGCG